CAAAACAAACAAUUAGGUACCUUGGAUAAAGUAUGACUUGGCUCCCUCUCCCAAAGUUUGAAAGUCGAAACUCGAAACACCUCGUAAAAUUCGUUAGGGUUUGCACCUACUCUUCAUCAACGUAGGCUAUCACAAUUAACUUGUCUACUCCUUUUAUUUUUUUACCAAUUUAUAACAAAGUUCUAUUAUAAACGUACUAAUCAUGGAUGAAACCACUCAUAAAAGUUCUCUGAUGCAAAAGUAUAUCAAAAUUUUUUUAGUAGUGGCUCUAUAUUGGGUGGUGUCAAUAUCUAUGGUCUUUCUGAACAAGUCCAUAUUAGGAGAUGCCCAUGGAGGAGCUAAUGAUGCUCCGCUGUUUGUCACAUGGUUCCAGUGUCUUGUCACUGUGGCCAUUUGCUUCUUUCUCUCCCGUGCUGCAACUCUCUUGCCUGGUGUUGUGAAGUUCCCUCAAGUAGGCAUUCUUGAUGCUGGUGUUGUGAAAAAGGUUCUGCCUCUUUCCAUCAUGUUUGUUUGCAUGAUCACCUUUAACAACUUGUGCCUAAAGUAUGUUGGUGUUGCAUUUUAUUAUGUUGGACGGUCACUCUCCACAGUAUUUAAUGUUCUUUUCUCAUUCAUCAUUUUAGGUCAGAGCACACCACUACCUGCUAUACUGAGCUGUGCUGUCAUCAUUGGUGGUUUCAUGCUUGGUGUUGACCAGGAGGGACAAGCAGGGUCACUGUCUAUAGCAGGAGUUAUUUUUGGUGUACUUGCCUCUGCUUCAGUUUCACUCAACUCUAUUUACACAAAAAAGGCACUGCCAGCCGUUGAUGGGUCAAUAUGGCAGUUGUCAUACUACAAUAACGUUCUGGCUAGUAUUAUUUUCCUCCCUGUGAUUCUACUCAGCGGGGAAUUACCCGCUAUUAUUUUAAUAGUAACUAACAGUGCUGCAGCCUAUUGGAUGCUUCUCUUCAGCACCGGCAUCUGCGGCUUUGCCAUUGGCUAUGUUACUGGCCUACAAAUACAGGUGACGUCACCUCUGACACACACCAUCAGCGGCACGGCUAAGGCAUGCGCUCAGACGGUGCUGGCGACGACGUGGUACAAUGAGUACAAGCCCACGCUCUGGUGGCUGUCAAACGCCAUUGUAUUGCUCGGGUCCAUGGCAUACACUAGAGUCAUGCAACUUGCAAUGAAGACUGAACACGCUAAGCAGCGGGUUAUUGACGAGUCUGCAUCGGAACCACUACAAAAAAAUCCAUCAAUUCUUUAGGCUUCUCGCGAGCAUUCUUCCACACUCGAACUACGUACAACAUCAAGAGCGACACUUUCACCGCACCUAAUGAACAAUCUUUUGUUUUUAACUUAUAUUAUGAAUUUUAUAUAAUAAGUUAAAAAUCCAUCCAAUAUUUGAUAA